AUGGAAAACAACAAAUCUGGCGAAAAUGCAAAAGCCUUUCUGGACUCAAAGGAUAAGAGAGGGAAAAUGGAUGACGAUGACGACGACGAUGAUAAAAAAAAGAAACACGAUAAGGACAAGCAAAACGGUAAUAAUAAAAGUAGCGCCGGGGCAGCCCACCGGAAGAAAGAUGGCAAGGACAAUAAUACGAAACGCAGCGGGAACGACAACGCUAGGGGCCAGCCGAACGGCGGAGGCAGAAAUAGUGAUAAAAGCGGCGACGCGAAAGCGGGUGGCGCCGCGGACGAUUCCAACCCCAAUAAUGACUCUGCCCCUCCGAUAGACUCCAGCCCCCCAGUGGCGUCUUCCCCCCCCAUCACUUCCAACCCGCCGAUCACCUCCAACGUUGCGAAGAAGAGGGAGCGCAAAAGCAACAGCAUUUCGCUGAGCGACACCAGCGCGAGGCGCUCGAAGGACAAGGGCGACAGGGCGCACCACAAACUCAAGCACAAGCAGGGGAGCGCGGAAAGUGCGGAGCGGAGAAAAAGGGACGCAAAAAAUGUGAAAUAUGUGAAUGACGCGAAUGACGCGAAUAGCGCGGAGAAGGCGAAACACGAACACGGGGAGGAAGAAGAGGAAGAAGAGGAGGACGACGAUGACGACGAAGAGGAGGACGAUGAUGAAGAAGACGAUGAUGAUGAAGAAGAAGAUGACGAUGAUGAUGAAGACGAUGAGGAUGAGGAGGAAGACGAUGAUGACGAGGAAGAUGAAGAAAAAAGAAAAAAUAAAGACAUUAAUAAGACCCAUACUAGAAAAAAAGAAAAGCAUCGAAAAAGUGAAUUACUCAAUCUGGAUAGCAGCAACACAGUCCAAUUUUACAAUUUACUAAAUGGUAAAAAUAAAGAAAAAGAAGAUAACAAUAGCAGUUCAAAGAAAGAAAGAUACCGAAGUAGCAAUUUAAAAAAGGAAAAAAAAUUAAAAAUGAGUCAUACAUAUGAAGAGUUCCUAUCGGAUCAUCAUGAUUAUACGUCAUUAAAGGUAAAUUAUAAAAUUAACAAAAAAAGUCAUUAUGAUAAGACCAAAAAGAGACCACAUAUGUCUAUAUCUAUAAAUGAAAAUAAGGAGCGUACUUUAAAUAAGAGCAGCAUCUGUACAGAUAAUGCAAAAUUUUUAAACUUCCUAAAUGAUAAUGAGAAGAAUGCUCAUUAUUAUAAGAAUCGAAAACGAUUCGAGAGUAGACGAAGAAAGCAAAAAAUAGCAAAUAUAAAAAUAAAAGAAAAAAAUGAAACCAAAGAAACGUUAGAUUAUUACAUACUAAACGUGAAUGAGAAGAAUAAAUAUAACGAAAUAAUGUCUAGCGAAAAUGUAGAUAAAGUCAAAAUGCCGCUAAAACAUCCUCCUGGCAAAAAAACGGAUGAGGCGUACGUAAGCGAAUUACAAGAUGCUGAACAGAAGCAACAAAUGAAGGACGAAGAACGACAAAAGAAUUACGCAAGUACCGUUGAAGAGGAAAAAAAAAUUAUAAAAGAAAAAAGCAAAGUUAAAUCGUCCAUACAAUGUAACCGAAGAUUUUUUAUAUUCCAAAAAAAAACGUUAAGAAAAAGAAAGGAAAAAAUUAUUAUUUUUUUAAAUCAUAAUUAUUCUGCCUGUGAAAAUGGACAAUUUAAUGACCAUUUUUACAAAACCAUUCAUAAAAAUGAUUUGGAAAAUUUAGAAGAAGAAAGAAUUUACAUUGACAAUAAUAAGGAAAAUACAAUAAAGAAAAUUAUCUACAGAAUAUUUCCACAGUUUUCCAUUUUCAGUUUAAUCCUCUACGUUACUUUCAUCCAGUGGGUAAUAUUCAUUCUGCUUAUAUCCGUCAAAUCUGAUUUUACCUUAACCCCAUCAAACGAUUCGUUAAAAAAUUUUGGAAGCAAUUUCCCACACAAUAUUUUUAAGAAGGCCGAGUUUUAUCGCCUCUUCACAGCGCUAUUUUUACAUUCGAAUUUUAACCACAUUUGUGCAAAUACAUAUGUUCAGUUAACCGUCGGAUUUUUGUUAGAAUAUCUGUAUGGGACAUAUGUUGUUUUUUUAGUAUACGUGUUUACCGGCAUUUUUGGAAUAAUUUUAUCCUCCCCCCUAACGUACUGCUACUCGACCACCGAAAGCAGUAGCAGCUCCUCAGGAAUUAUUGGAAUUUUUUUUUCAGAAAUUUUAAUGAUGACUAAUUUUAACGUGGAUAAAAUUAGCAUUAGUGUGCAUUUAUUUUGUUUUUUUCUCCUCCUCUUAUUUCUUAAAUUCUCUUUAAACACCGUCAGUAUUAAUAUAUACAGCCACUUUUUUGGUUUCCUGGGAGGCUUUCUAAUCGGCAUAAUUUUAAAGCGUAACCAGCUGAAGUACUUCCUGAAAAACAAUUUACUAAUUCAAAUCUUGUCCCUGGUCUUCCUGAUAGUGAGUUUAGCGGCUGCUAUUUUUAUAUCAACGUACGUCGUGCAGAGUUGUCCGAAUUAA